CCUCCACAGGGGGGCGCGUGCGCUUCAUUCCUGCUAGUUUGAACGUCAGUGAAAUUCACACUUUCGGUUUCAAAACCUUCAAGGCGUUGGUGAGACAUGACGCACCGUUCAGUGACAUAAUGAUGGAUCCAAAUCCAGAUGAUAUCUUGGAUACCCUCCCGGGUGAAGAUGAAGAGAAAGGCACAGAUGACUUCAACCAGACUCAACACAAUCCAAACAAUUUAGAAGUUCUAACUAAAUCUAAACAAAAUGAGUUUGCAGAGGGUCCUGUCCUUGAUGAUAAAGAAACAUGUGGUCCAGUUAAAAAGGAAGUCAGUAAAGAAAUAUUUGAUAUGCAGCAAACUUCAGUUCCUGUCACAUCAAAAGAGCAAACACCUAAAACUGAGAUGAUCACAGACCACAGUCUCCAAGCAAAUAUGUCAGGAAGAGAAAAUCAGGCAGACAAUGAACACAAGUCAGUAGAAGAGAAAAACAACCCCAGGCCUCUUGGCCAUCCAGACAUGAUCAAGACACCUGGACCGUCUGACAGUGACAUGGAUCCCAGUCUGUCUUUUGUGUUAUUUGGAAACUCUUCAUCAGUCCAGUUUGGACAUGAAAAUAUUCUACUAGGAGAAAAACAACCAAAUAUUGAAAAUGUAGCAAUAUCUGGGGUUGUUUCAUCAAAGAGGAAGAUAUCAGAACAUCACGUCUCUGUGAUAAACAUGAUUGACUUACAUGAGGCUGAACUUUACCUGGACUGCAUGGAUCAUCUUAUUAAUGAACUACUGGAUGAAAAUGAAAUCCACGCCUUCAUCUUUGCUGUGCGACUGGGCCAGUUAACAGAUGCUGAUAAGAUGGGUCUUGAAUGGCUUCAGAGAGUGUUUGGAGACAAAGUUCUUCAGUUUGUGAUCAUUCUCUUCACCUAUGAGAGAGAAGAAGAGUAUGACUCUAUAAUUGAGGAUCUAAAGAAAAACCCUGUUCUGGAGCAGCUGCUGGGGAAAUGUGGAGGAAGAUAUCACACCUGCAACAUGAUGAUGAACAACCAAUCAGAGAUGAGAGAACUGAUGAACAAGAUUGAGCAUCUGUUUCAUGAGAAUAAACAGCAGUGCUACACUGGAGAGAGAGACGAGACGCAAAAGAGUGAAUGUAAAAGUGCUGAGGUUCCAGUCAUCAGAGGAAGCAGUGAGUCCACCACUCCAGCAGAGACAGAAGAACAACACAUGGAUAAUGAACAGUCUUUAGAAGAAGGGAGCAACUCCAAACCUGAUGGCCAAGCAGAUUUGAGGAAAACACCUGAAGUGUGUGACUCUGAUUCAUCAGUCCGCAGCAUGGACAACAUAACUCCCAGCAUGACCAUUGUGUUAUUUGGAAACUCUUCAUCAGUCCAGUUUGGAUGUGAAAACAUUCUACUAGGAGAAAAACAGACAAAUAUGGAAAAAUCAGAAAUAUCCAGCAUUAUUCCUAUACAGAGGAAGAUAUCAGAGCGUCACAUUUCUGUGAUUGAUAUGAUUGACUUACAUGAGACUGAAUAUGUGGAUCAUCUCAUUCGUCAAUUAAUGAAUGAAAAUGAAAUCCACGCCUUCAUCUUUGUUGUGCGACUGGGCCAGUUAACAGAUGCUGAUAAUACAAAUCUUGAUUGGCUUCAAAGAGUGUUUGGAGACAAAGUUCUUCAGUUUGUGAUCAUUCUCUUCACCUAUGAGAGAGAAGAAGAGUAUGACUCUAUAAUUGAGGAUCUAAAGAAAAACCCUGUUCUGGAGCAGCUGCUGGGGAAAUGUGGAGGAAGAUAUCACACCUGCAACAUGAUGAUGAACAACCAAUCAGAGAUGAGAGAACUGAUGAACAAGAUUGAGCAUCUGUUUAAUGAGAAUAAACAGCAGUGCUACACUGGAGAGAGAGACGAGACGCAAAAGAGUGAAUGUAAAAGUGAAGAUGGACCUACAAAAAAUAAAGAAACAAGAGAGACCACCACAAGUGAAACACACAGGGGAACUAAAGAAGAGAUUAGAACCGACAGAGAGAAACCAGAUCAACAUAAAGAAAAAGAAAUGCUUACGGGUUCAAAUUCACUCUUUGACAGACUUCAUCUUGAAGGCAGUCAUGAUCAUAAUCUGAGAGCAGCAUAUUUUCUUCAGAUAACCAAAUAUUCAUUACAGUCCCAUGAGUCUUGUGCUGAAGAAGAGCUGAUUCAGACUUUCAUACAAAUACUACUGAUGAUGAACUACAGAGCAAGAUACAUUAAAACUAAUCAGACUAAUGAACAGGAUGACACACAAGAAAAAGACAAAGACUCAUCUCAAGAUGAGUUUGAUAUUUUUGAUGAAAUGUCUGUGUCUAAUAAAAGAAAAACAAACCAAUCUGAGCGAAUCCACCCGAUGGAUGUUCAGAUGGCCGUGUUUCAUUGUGCCGAUGGUUUCCUGAAGCAGCUGAUGGUGACUAAACUGUCCCAGUGUCAGUACGCUCUGCCUCUGCUUGUUCCUGAUCCAUUCACACAACAGAUUGAGUUUCCUCUCUGGACAUUCAGACAAAUCAACAAAAGCUGGAAGAAGAGAAACACCAACAAUGAAAUCAUCAGUCAAACCCAACCGAUCUACAAGGCAGAAACUCCAAUGGUGUUUUUCUUCAGGUUUGGCUCUGUGUCUUCAUCCAAGUCUCAGCUGAUGAACAGUCUGAUCAAUGAGAAACACAACACGUUCUUCCACAGGAACUGCCCAGGCAGCAGCAGAACCAGAGUCCUGAUGGAUGGAGUGGUGGAGAUCACCUGGUUCUGCCCCUCUGGGAAAGACACGGAUAAAUUCACUAACUGUGUUGCGUUCUGUAAUCUACACGGUGAUGCAGGAGACCAUGAGAAUCAGCUGCAGAUCCUCACUGAAAUGAGCUCAAUCAAUGUUGUUCUGCUACCACAACUGGACAGGAAUGACAAACAUGCUGCAAAUAUACAAAACUUGUCCAAAAUCAGAAAGCCACUUAUCUUUAUUUUUACUGAGGAUGAAUCUACUCUAAUUAAGACACGUAAAGGGAAAUUCAAAAUUGGUUUGAAAGACAGAAAUAAGUCAGAUGUAUCUGAAGAACUCAGAAGAGCUAUAAAUGAUUGUCUCUCAGAAUCAUCUUCCACUUUCAGACUUGAAGAUGUGUCCAAACACUCUGACAUCAGAGUAGAUGAGGAAGAUGACGAUGACUGCAGGAGAGGAAGAGAAGCAGCACAGCAGAUGAUGAGUUUACUGGAGAAGAAAGAUCUGACAGAAAUCAAAGAAUCAGUUCUGCCUCAUCAGGGGAAACUGUGGCAUCAAUGGAGUCGGAAGAACAAGAAACUACAUCGACCUCGAGCAUAUGAGACAGAAAAGGAAAUAAGUAGGAAACAAACAGAGCUGAAGAAAAUCCGUGAACAGCAGCAUGAAUCUGACAUCAGUGAGUUUAUGAAGCUGUUUAUUAAACAAAUAAACUCACAUGCUACAAACCGGAUGUUUUUCCUCAAAUGGCUCAGAAUCCUCCUGGAUGAAUAUACAUCAGCUGAUCUUGAUGCUGUACAUCACAAAUAUGAUGAAAAGUGGUCAACAGUCUUAAAUCUGAAAGAGAAUCAUGAUGAAUCUGAACAACUCAAAGCUGAAGAAACUGAACUUGAGAGAAUAUCUGAGGAACUUCAAGCUGCAGCCUUUGGUUUGGAGCACAUCAUGAGGGAGAUCGGUCAGAUCUAUGAAUCAUGUAAAUCUGUGCAGAAGAACAAGAAAGACCUGCAGUUUGACUUCUCGUCUCUCCCGAGUCUUGCAGCAGAGAUGAUGAUCUCUGGAUUUCCACUGGAGCUGAUGGAUGGAGAUGCUGCUCAUGUUCCUGUGGUCUGGAUCUCUGCUGUUCUGGAUGAACUCAUCCAGAAACUGGGAGACCAGAGAGUCUUUGUGCUGUCAGUUUUAGGGCUUCAGAGCUCUGGGAAAUCCACCAUGCUGAAUGCCAUGUUUGGACUCCAGUUUGCCGUCAGUGCUGGCAGGUGCACCAGAGGAGCUUUCAUGCAGCUGGUCAGAGUGUCAGAUGAGAUGAAAACACAGAUGAACUUUGACUAUAUUCUGGUUGUUGAUACUGAGGGUCUUCGUGCUCUAGAACUGGCUGGAAGAUCAACAAGAAAUCAUGACAAUGAAUUGGCCACAUUUGUUGUUGGUCUUGGAAAUCUGACCUUGAUCAACAUCUUUGGAGAAAACCUUGCUGAGAUGCAGGACAUUCUUCAGAUUGUUGUUCAGGCCUUCCUGAGGAUGAAGAAGGUCAGACUGACUCCCACAUGUGUGUUUGUGCAUCAGAAUGUUUCAGACAUCACAGCUGGAGAGAAAAACAUGGAGGGAAGGAGACGACUGCAGGAGAAACUGGAUGAGAUGACGGAACUCGCUGCUAAAGACGAAGACUGUAUUGCAGAACGUUUCAGUGAUGUCAUUAAAUUUGAUGUACGGGAUGAUGUGAAGUAUUUCGCUCAGCUCUGGGAGGGCAGCCCACCAAUGGCACCACCAAACCCAAACUACUGUGAGAAUAUUCAAGAACUGAAAAACACUGUUCUCUCAAAAGCCUCUAAGUCCAGAUGUGUUACAAUGUCACAAUUUAAAGGACGUAUUAAAGAUCUGUGGAAUGCACUGCUGAAUGAAAACUUUGUGUUCAGCUUCAGAAACAUUUAUGAGAUUGCAGUUUACAGAGGACUGGAAACCGAAUACAAUGACUGGACAUGGAGACUCAGAAGUGCUAUGUUGAAAAUAGAAGAGAAAUUUCAUAACAGAAUUGCCAAUGGAAAAGAUGAGGUGGAACAAAAAGACCUGUUGGCUGACAUGAAAGAGACAAAACAAACGGUACAAAAAUCAUUUGUGUCAUAUUUUGAGGAGAACAGAGACAGAGAAAUUAUGAGUCAGUGGAGAGGAAGAUUUGAGACCAAAAUUACAGAACUGCAUGACGAUCUCAUAAAGAGAGCAAAGAGAACACUGGAUGAAGUGAUUCUACAGAAGAAAGCCAGAGAAAAGCUGGAUAGUAAAAGGACAGAGUAUGAAAAUAAGCUUUUCAGUCUGAGCAAGGAACUUGCUUUGAAAUUUAAAAAUACAGAAACAGAUGAUCAUGUUCUGAAGAAACAGUUUGACUCAGUUUGGAGCACAUGGAUCACUGAACUGAUCAAAGACACUCCACCAGUGGAAGACAUCAACUUUUGGAAGGAUGUCACACAAAUUCUGUCAGAAAACUAUGAAUUGACUCUUUUGCAAGACAGGCAACGUGAGACAUACUAUAAACAGAUAGACUACCUGGCUGAUUAUUCAGAUUAUAUUAUACUGAAAAAGAAAGUAGAGCUUUCUGAUCAGGAUCCUAAAUGGGCAGAUGCAAGCUCUGAGACACAGGAAGAAACUUCCGUCAAACAAAAAUCUCAAACAUCAAAUUUUUUUUCAUUUAUCAAGUCAUUAAACCCUUUUGGAAAUAGAAAUGUAAAGGAAAAUCAGCAUAAGAAAAGUGAGGAUCAUAACUCAGUAAGGGCUCUGAUAAGAAAUAUAACUGAGCAGACCAGCAAAAUACUUGAACAGGCACAAACAGCACAAAAUGGCUAUCAUGAUAGCUAUAUUCAAGAAAUGACAGCAUGUGUUCAAAGCCACAUCAAUAUAUACCAAAAAGAGAACAAGAAAUUUAAAUUAAAGAAAGAGUUCAAUGUGGAUCUUUGUCUGCAUGUAUUUGAACUUGCACAUGACAAAUUUACUGUACUUCACAACAAAUUCAAGAAUGCAAAUGAUCCAAGAAUUUAUCUUGAGAAGCAGAAGCCUCAGUAUUACAACGUCUUCAAGAACUACUGCAGAGGAGCAACAACAACAGCCAUAUUUGGUGAAUUCAUUUGCAGCAAACUUGAAUCUUCCAUCUUGCAAGCAGUUUACAACAAAACUGCUAUUGACUUGGCAGACCUGAUGAAGUCUGAUGUACCAGCAUUAAAUGGAAACAGAUCAAAAUUGGAAAAACACAUCCUGAAAUCCCUUGCAGAAGAGGAGAAUUUUGAAGAGUACAUGAAAUAUAUUCAUAACCCUAGAAAACACUUCAAAUGUUUUAUUACGUAUGAAGUCAGUGAAUUCAUCAAUCAGCACCAACAAAAGGUCCUUGCUACAUUCAGAAACAAUGUCACACUCAAAGAACAGUCUGUGUGUACAGCAGUGCAAGAGUCAAUAGAAGAGGUCAAGAGAAGCAACGGAGAUGCCAUCAUGUGGCAGGAAAUAUUCAUUAAAUCCCUGUCAGAUGAGCUGAAAUUAACAGGAAAUGCAUGCGCUGACCUCAGUACAGUCACAGAUUUUGAUUUUCUUGAGAAGGUUUUAAGUGAAAAUCUAAAAGAAAGAAUGUCAAAGCUACAGAAUGGUUUUAAGAGCAUUAAUGACAUAAAAAUGGAAAAGUGCAGAAAGAGACCUGAUGAGAUUCUGAUUGAUCACUUCUGUCAGUGCUGCUGGGUUCAGUGUCCGUUCUGUUAUGCCAUCUGCACUGGUACCAUGGAAAACCAUCCUGGAGAUCACAGUGUUCCUUUCCAUCGUGUCACUGGUUUAACCGGGAUGAAGUUCAGAGAUACAACAUACUUGACUGUAGACAUUUGCACGUCAGCAGUGGCAAGUGGUGGAUCUUUUUAUCCAGAUUCCUCAGAUAACACAGUCCAUUUUAGAGAAUACAGAAAAGGAGGUGAAAGAUUUGCAGACUGGAGCAUCACUCCUGACGUCUCUGAGCUGCCCUACUGGAAGUGGUUUGUGUGCAGAUUCCAGAAGGAUCUAGAGGACUACUACAAAAACACAUUUGAAGAGUGUGGUGAGAUUCCGAGUAAAUGGAGAGAGCACUCAAAAGAUGAAGCAACACAGAGCUUAGAUGAUUAUAUUGAAACAACAAAAGCAAGCCUUCUUUCAGAUUAAAUAAACUGAUACAAAUUAGAAAUAAAAUGCUUUUAUAAAUAGUAAAAUGUAGAAACAAACAGAUUUAGGAUUAUUGGAUAUGCCAGGGGUUUUCAAACCUGUCAAGGACCCCCAGCAAUGCACAUUUUGGAUGACUCCCUCAUUUAACACAUCUGAUUCAACUCAUCAGCUCAUUAAUAGAGACUGCAAGACCUGAAUUGUGUGUAUGAGAGCAAGACAUUGAAAAAAAAGUGCAGUGCUGGGGGUUCCAGGACGUUUUUAAAAAAUCCUAGUAUAUACCUUCAGCGUGACUGCUUCUGAGGCAUGUGUGCAGCUAGUCUUAUACUGAUUGGUGCUGCGUCACCUUAUGACGUGACGGUGUAACGUGGAAGAUAUAAAUGUAAGCCAGUGAUAGGAUGAAGCAAGCCUAGUGAGUACGGCAAAGGGACGCAGCGUCUCAUUCCUUUCUCAGGGAACAAGGGUUACAGUCGUAACCUGAGCUGUUCCCUUUCAAGAGAACUAGUGCUACAUCAUAUGACAACAUUUUUAUGAAAUACCCACUUCGCCAUACUGAUAAAUGCCUGUCCUGAUGUGAAACUGUUCAGACAGCUCAAGAUGAGAGCACUUGCACUUGCAUGCUGUACUCCCAGCUUUGAUUCUUCUUCUUCUUUUUUUUUUAAUUCAUCAAGAUUAAAUGCAGCCAUGAUAACCAGAAAAGUAAAGCAUGAUCUGAAUGAUAUGCUGGCUAUACUGUAUCAAUUUUUAUUUAUUUAUAUGGAUUCGUAAUCUAGACGAUGACUCGGCAAAUGCAGAUUUGAGCUAUUCAAAAAAGCAAAGAAAGAAAUCUGUUAACCUGAUUAGUUUGUUUAAUUAUUAUUUCUAUUUUUUUGUAACUUUUUUCUAUUAAAUAUAGAAAUUAGGGUUUUAAAUUGUCUGUAGACAUUUGUACACUAUUUGUGGAAAGUGUAGAAAUGUAGCAAGCUGACAUAUUGUUUCAUGAAGCAGCAAAACCAUUGCCCACAUUUAUUACUCUACUCUUCUUGUUCUUAUACCCUAGCGACACCUAGUGUCAACCUAAAUGUGUUUUUAAAAAUUGUCUCUUUAUUGUAUUGUAUCUUCUUUUGAUUGUUUUUGCCUGUUGGUUCAUGGAUUCUGUUAUGCCUAUCUUCUGUGUCUCUGUCAUGUUCAUGUUUGAGUUCCCCUAGUCUGUUAAUUACCUCAUUUCUCUCCUGGUUUGUUUCUAUGGUUACAGAUCGAGUUAGUUAUGUUCAGUGGUCUAAUCUUGAACUUCUACCCAGGUAAGUUCAAGAUUAGUUUGAGCAAACUCUGGUUUUUCGGGCUCAUGAAGGUGAAUUGGUUUUUAGUGGGUUUCAUUGCUAUGGUAACUUACGCUACACGGCUAACCUGCUCCAGGGCAGGUUUUAGACUGGGUUUCUGGGUUAGAGAUCGCAAACCGACUGUCAGGUUGGAUGGUAAACGUUGGUGGACAGCCAUUUUUAGGUCUCUCCAGAGAUGCUCAAUUGGGUUUAAGUCAGGGCUUUGGCUGGGCCAUUCAAGAACAGUCACGGAGUUGUUGUGAAGCCACUCCUUCGUUAUUUUAGCUGUGUGCUUAGGGUCAUUGUCUUGUUGGAAGGUAAACCUUCGGCCCAGUCUGAGGUCCUGAGCACUCUGGAGAAGGUUUUCGUCCAGGAUAUCCCUGUACUUGGCCGCAUUCAUCUUUCCCUCGAUUGCAACCAGUCGUCCUGUCCCUGCAGCUGAAAAACACCCCCACAGCAUGAUGCUGCCACCACCAUGCUUCACUGUUGGGACUGUAUUGGACAGGUGAUGAGCAGUGCCUGGUUUUCUCCACACAUACCGCUUAGAAUUAAGGCCAAAAAGUUAUAUCUUGGUCUCAUCAGACCAGAGAAUCUUAUUUCUCACCAUCUUGGAGUCCUUCCAUGCAGGCUUUCAUGUGUCUUGCACUGAGGAGAGGCUUCCGUCGGGCCACUCUGCCAUAAAGCCCCAACUGGUGGAGGGCUGCAGUGAUGGUUGACUUUCUACAACUUUCUCCCAUCUCCCGACUGCAUCUCUGGAGCUCAGCCACAGUGAUCUUUGGGUUCUUCUUUACCUCUCUCACCAAGGCUCUUCUCCCCCGAUAGCUCAGUUUGGCCGGACGGCCAGCUCUAGGAAGGGUUCUGGUCAUCCCAAACGUCUUCCAUUUAAGGAUUAUGGAGGCCACUGUGCUCUUAGGAACCUUAAGUGCAGCCGAAUUUUUUUUGUAACCUUGGCCAGAUCUGUGCCUUGCUACAAUUCUGUCUCUGAGCUCUUCAGGCAGUUCCUUUGACCUCAUGAUUCUCAUUUGCUCUGACAUGCACUGUGAGCUGUAAGGUCUUAUAUAGACAGGUGUGUGGCUUUCCUAAUCAAGUCCAAUCAGUAUAAUCAAACACAGCUGGACUCAAAUGAAGGUGUAGAACCAUCUCAAGGAUGAUCAGAAGAAAUGGACAGCACCUGAGUUAAAUAUAUGAGUGUCACAGCAAAGGGUCUGAAUACUUAGGACCAUGUGAUAUUUCAGUUUUUCUUUUUUAAUAAAUCUGCAAAAAUGUCAACAAUUCUGUGUUUUUCUGUCAAUAUGGGGUGCUGUGUGUACAUUAAUGAGGAAAAAAAUGAACUUAAAUGAUUUUAGCAAAUGGCUGCAAUAUAACAAAGAGUGAAAAAUUUAAGGGGGUCUGAAUACUUUCCGUAUCCACUGUAUCUGAUGCAAUAAAGCCACUCCCCCUGUAUCUCUCACUUCAAAUUAAAUCAGUUUAUAGUGAAAACAUUUUAGAGACAAACUUGCUCAUCUUUUGCUGUUAAUUAUUCAUUAUAUUUAUAUUAAAUAAAAUUAUGAAUAAUUCAUAUGACAUAUUCAUAUAAUUAGGCCUAUUAUAUUAAUUGGCAAUAUUAAACUUUGCUUUUAAAUUAAAAUAAAUAUAAUACAUGCAUAAUAUAUAAAGCUUUUAAACAGGUUAAGCUUACAUGUAUUCUUUGAGCUCUUUGUAAAACUAAUUAUUUGGCCUAUUUGUUUGAUUCACAUGCAUUGAUAUAGUCAGAUAUUUUCUUUCAGCUGCCUUCUCAAACUUUCACUGCAUCAGUGUUUAUUCCUGCUUUGUAAAUGCGUUUAAUUUCAUAUUUUUCAUAACGAUCUUUUAAUCUUCGGAAGAGACAUGAAUUGCGCGGCUCUCUUGCGAGAAGUGAAUCAAACUGACGUUCUCCUUGUUCCGUGCAAUUGGCUGUUUGCCGCACGUGUCAGACUUUCAGGUGCACACGCUUUGCAAACUCUGGAAUACACCAGAGUUGAUAGAGAAAGUUUAUACCGGGCGUUGUGCAACAGCUGAUCCUGAUCUAAACCAGGUUGGAUUUAUCUGGAUUUGUCAACUCCAAACCUACUCUGAAACUCGGAGUUUGUUCAACUAGCUUCAUGCAACAGGCCACAGGUGUGUCUUGUCAAUUAUCUAGUUAGUUCCUCAGUUAACUGUGUAUUUAAGCCCUGUGUUUUGUUCAGUUCAUUGUCUGUUAUUGUCAUGUAUACGUCAUUGUUUUUGUUUUGUUCCUGCCUGUUCCUUGAGUCUGUUUUGGAGUUUAUUGAAUAAAUGUACUACUGCACUUA